GCUACUUCUCUCUAACCAUCGUUAAAAUAGUUUGCACUAUUCAAAUUGGCUCGUACGUUUGUAGCAGACGAACCUUUCUAUCACAUGUUCCUCUCGGAUGCUAUGAUUGGUGAAAUUGUCUCAGACGACACACAUCACGUCGAACCACUUUGACAGUUUGAACUGAAAUCAGCUUCGUGAAACAUAUGAACAAGAACAAGACAUGUUUGGUAAUAGGAGGUUGUGGUUUUCUUGGCCGCCACCUCUGUGAUGAGCUCCUCAAGCGUGGCUAUACUUGUCGUGUAUUUGAUGUAAGGAAAACCUUUGAUGAUGACAGAAUCAAGUUCUUCACAGGAGAUCUAUGUAAUGAACAAGAUUUACAACCAGCUUUGAAGGGAGUCAGCUGUGUGUUCCACUGUGCCUCCCCAGCGCCCUCUAGCGACAACAGAGCCCUUUUCUACAAAGUCAACUUUCAGGGAACCAAAGUUGUCAUAGCAACAUGCAAGAAAGAAGGUGUAAAGCGCCUGGUGUUGACAAGCAGUGCUAGUGUGGUGUAUGAGGGAAAAGAUAUACAGAAUGGCAUAGAAGAUCUUCCUUAUGCUGCCAAACCCAUAGACUACUACACAGAAACCAAAAUACUGCAGGAAAAGGAAGUUCUCCAGGCCAAUGGUGCUGACCUCUAUACAGUUGCCAUCCGACCUCAUGGGAUAUUUGGACCCCGUGAUCUUCAACUGGUUCCCACAACAGUAGACAUGGCCAGGAGGGGGAAGUCAAAGUUCAUCAUUGGGGAUGGCAAGAAUGUUGUUGACUUCACAUACGUAGGAAACGUGGUUCAUGGUCACAUUCUGGCAGCAGAGAGUCUGAGGGAAGGGUCUGCAGUGUGUGGGAAGGCGUAUCAUAUAACAAAUGAUGAGCCAAUAUUCUUCUGGACCUUCUUGACAAGGAUUCUGACAGGACUGGGUUAUGAUGCUCCGAAAUAUCAUAUUCCCUUCAUGCUGGUGUACAUCAUUGCUGUGAUUCUCCAGUUCUUCUGCCAGCUCUUGAAACCCAUCCUGGAGAUCAAACCAACCUUCACGCCGAUGAGAGUGGCCCUGGCAGGAACUCAUCAUUUCUACAGCUGUGAUCGGGCCAAGAAGGACAUGGCAUACAAGCCAGUUGUCUCCCUUGAUGAAGGGAUAAAACUAACAGUUGAUGGUUAUCCCCAUUUAAGAAAAAAUGCUGGAAAAUCAUGAUAUAUAAUUAAAUAUAUUUUAAAUAUAAUUUCACUGUUUUUGUGAAUUUGUAUCUAUAUGUCAAGGAACGAGAGGAGAAAUAACAAAAUAGACCUUAAAGAUGAAGAUUGAUAUGAUAGUUUCUUAAAAUGUUCUUUUGAUAGAAGUGUAUAUAAAUAAAACAAGUUGUUUUGAGAAGCAUAAUUAUUGUCAGAAAGUGAGUGUUUAAUUGAAAUAUUUAUUUGCAAAAUUUGGUGAUAUUCAUAAAUAUAAUCCUGAAUUUGAUCAAGAUCUUCAAAUUGGAUUAACAAUAUGGCCAUAUCACAACAGCCAUAUUGCAAAAAAUCCACUUGUUAUCAUCACCCAAUCAUUUAUGUUCAAAAUGUAAUAUAAUUUUGUUACACAUGUAGUUUGUAGCGGGACUCAACAUUUCAAAAACUGGAACUAAUUUUAUUGUUCUUACUCUAUGUUCCCAACUACAAAGACACAUGAAUUAGUUGAAGAAGUUUAAAUCUGAUUUUCAAGAUGCCAUGGGUCGGACUUUCAUAAAUGUAACAAAGUUUGCUUUAAAACAGUAGAUAAGCUUGAAAAUCAGAAUGAUAACUCCAUGGAAGUUUGCAGAUCAGGACACUUUUUAGGUCUUUGUGUAAAAACAAUAGGUCCUUUUGCCUAGUGGAUAAAGCCCUUCUCUAGAGAGGGGCAGGUACUUGUUUUUCUAGUGUCCGGAAACAUUCCACAAAAUUCAGCUAACAUUAUGUUUUUCAGAGGUGUAUUUCACUGACAGUAGGACAUGUAACCCCAUAUGCUGUUUAAGUUAAUUUUACUUCAUUGAAUAGAAUGCAAUUUUCAACAGAAAACAGUUGAAAUAAGAAUUCAAAAAACAGUUUUACAAAAUAAUGGUUGUUUUCUUCCCAAAAGCCAAUUUGUUUGAAAUCCUAAAUAAAUUCCUGCUCUAUUUACAAGCAGUUAGUCCUUUUUAGUCUCUACAUAUGAAAACAUCUGUGUUGAUAAGAUAUGACUUUGUAAAUAUGGAAAUGAAUUAUUUCUCAUAUUUGUACAUGUACUUACUUACAUGUUAACACUUUAUCAAAGUUAUAUUACCAAAAAACAAAUGAAAGAAGAGUACAGUCAGAAUUCUAACAGAGGUUUGUACAGAUAACCCUUUCAGUUUCUAUGUCACAUAUGCCACUAUUUAUGAUAAAGAAAUUAUUGUACA